GCUUGGGCGGGGCAGGCACGUGUAGGGGGGCAGCCAAAUUGGGGGGGGGCCACCCAGACGUCGGGGGGGGUCACCGGUAUGUGUGGGGGGUCACCCACACGGUGGGCACCCCCAUACACGUGGGGGGGGUUCCCCUGCCCAUUCGGGGGCCACCCAAGGGUGGGGGGGGGCUCCCCCCGGCCCCCCCCCCCGCUGUUCCCGGCACCGUGACUCAGCCCCGGCCCCGCCCCCUGGCCCCGCCCCGCCCCUCCGAGGUGGGCGGGGUUUCCCCGAUGACGUCACCGCCUCUCCCCGUGCCGGGGCCGCGCCCUGCGCGUGACCCGGCGCCGGCCCCGCCCGGUGAGCUCAUGGCCACGCCCCCCGGCGGCUUCCGGCCACGCCCCCCUCUCCGCUGACGUCACGGGAGCCCUUAAAAGGAGCUCGGCGGCGAGCGGCCGGUACCGGAGAUCCCCCCCCCACCUCCAUCCCGGGCUGCCAUGGCCGCCGCCGCCACCGGGCCUGCACCGGAGCCGCUGCGCCAGGUUCUCUUCGGUGCGCAGUCCCCCCGCCCGCCAUCCCCGGAGCCCCCCCGGCCUCCCCGUUCUCCUUGGGGCCCCCCCCCGGACCUGGGCCGCCUCCUGCGUUCCCUCAGCGCCCCGAGCGGCCGCCCGGUGCCCCCCCCGCCCGGUUUCCCCCCCCGGCACCACGGAGCCCCCCCGGGCUUGAACCGCCCGGCCGGGGGGGCCAGCCUGGAGCUGCUGCUGGCGGCCUUGACCUUGACCUCGGACCUGGAGCCCGCGGGGGGGGCUCUGCCCCCGUUAUCGGCACCGCCGUCUCCGUUGGCGUCACCGCUGACCCCCGGGGGACCCUCGCCGCCGCUCUCACUUCACCGCCUGCCUUCCUCCUCCUCCUCCUCCUCCUCCUUGCCACCGACACCGCUGCUCGCCCCCCCGGAGGCUUCCCCGUCGCCCCCCGCUUCGCCGCCGUCGCUGCUCUACAAGACGGAGCUGUGCCGCCCCUUCUCCGCCACCGGCCGCUGCCGUUACGGCUCCCGCUGCCAAUUCGCCCACGGCCCCGGGGAGCUGCGGGGGCUCCGGCGCCACCCCAAGUACCGCACGCAGCCCUGCAGCACCUUCCUGCGCUGCGGCUCCUGCCCCUACGGCCCCCGCUGCCACUUCCUCCACGGCCCCCCGGCCCCGCUGCUGCUGUCCGAUGGGGGGGGGACGGCCGCUGGGCCCCCCCCCGGCAGCCCCCGCCGCCUCCCGGUGUUUGACCGCAUCUCGGUGGCGGAGUGAAACCCCCUAUGAAAAGGGGGGGGGCGCCCCCACCCCCUGCUCUUUUAUGGGGGGGCGCCCCCACCCCAUGAUUUUCUAUGGGGGGGGUGGCACCGCUAUGAAGCCCCCCCCCUGCACCCUUUGUGCCUCUCAGGUGAAGGGGGAGCCCCCUUUUCAGCCCCCCCGUGCACUUUUUGGAUGUAGCAGCCCCCCCAUAAGGGGGGGGCGCGCCCUGAGCUUGUCUCAGUGGUGCUAAUUGGGGGGGGGUCGCCAGCGGGUCCUGGCUGCCCCACCCCCUCGAUUUAUGGCUUUAUUUAUUUAUAGUCGGUGCCUUGGGGCUGCCCCCAGCCCUGUUGGGGGGUGGGGAGGGUUUUUGGGGUAUUUAUGGGAUUUGUAUUUUUUUGGGGGGGAGGGGGGCGGGGGGAGUUUUUUAGGGUAUUUAUGGGGUUUUUAGGGUUUUUUGUGUGUGGGGGGGUGGUAAAUAAACACUUGAGCUGUGA